AUGGCGAACAACGAUACCUUCAUUCCAACGUACGAGACUUGUACUGAGCUCUCCGAUCGAUGUCCCGUCGAAUUUACAGCUUACGGAACCAACUUAUCGAAGCCUGCUGCGGCGUUCUUCGGUAUCGCGUUCGUAGUCUGUUUUAUACUACAGCUCUACUUUGGCCUACGUGCGAGGACAUGGUCCUUCAUGAUCUGGCUCGGCCUCGGCACAAUUUUUGAGAUUCUGGGAUAUUGGUCACGAACAAAACUUGCCGACAAUCCUUGGGAUAAGGAUGCCUUCGCACAGCAGUACCUCACACUUCUCCUCGCUCCCACUUUGGUUGCGGCUGCGAUUUCAGUCACGUUCAAGCACAUUGUGUUGUGGUAUGGUACGGAGUGGUCCGUAAUUCGCCCAUCGCUGUACCCCUGGGUCUUUGUCGGAACGGAUUUCAUCUCCAUUUUCAUUCAGGUGGUUGGUGGCGGUCUCACAGCAGCAAGCACUGCUGGAUCGACAAACAAGACUUUGGCGCAAAUUGGCGAGAAGCUGGUUAUUGGAGGCGUGGCAUUCCAGGUGGCCAACAUGGUCUGCUGCGGGGCUCUCAUGCUGGUCUACGUCAUGAGGCGCAAGUCGUCACUCAAGAAAGGCACUCCUUUAUCACGGAACCGCCACAACGAGCCCAUGUGCCAAGAUGCAGACGACCAAGAGAUUUCACGUGUGCGCACAUUUGUGUUUGCUCUUGCCGUGGCAUAUACUACGGUCCUAAUCCGUUGUUCUUAUCGAAUUGCUGAGAAUAUCCCUGCUAUUUCCGUUAAGGUGCUACGAAAUGAACCUCUCUUCCUGGUCCUUGAUGGCGCAAUGAUUCUAAUUGCUAUUGGAACGGUUUCCAUCUUCCAUCCUUGGAUUUUCUUCCCCUUCUUGAAAGAGUCCAAGUAUCUCAAGGAUAGAAGGAAGAGCCAACAAGACUACCGGAUGCGUUACAUUACAUAA